AUGACAUCAAUCCCUGAUUGGAUCAUGGACAAGCUUAAAGUCAGCACUCCCAGGAAAAUUUCAAUAAUAAGAAAACACAAUAGACUUUUCAAAAGGUAAAAUUCAAUAAGUUUUCAAGAGCAUCCUCUCUCCUAUUUAAAAAGCAGCAGAAAUAGUUUAUCUCCAGAGCAGAAAAAUUCUACUUCAAAUUAUUAUCAAAAUUCAAUUUUUAUCCCAGUAAAUCAAGAAACACCUAAAAAAAGUAUAAUUAUCCACAAAUAUAAGCCUUCUAUAGAAAGAAUAUUAAAUGCAACGAGUAAACUAGAAAUAAUAACCCGAAAAAACAUAGAAAAUGAGGAUUUUAAAGAUGAUAUAAAAUCAAGAAUCUCUUUAAAAGCCAAGCUGAACCAUUUGAAUAAAAGUGAGUUAAGAAUCGUUGGAGAAAAAGCAGGGGUAUCACUGCCAAAAAUAUAUCAAUUUCACAGAAACCCUGGGAAGAUGAAAAACAAAAAUGUAAAUGACCAGUCCACAGUAUUUUGUGAUCGUAAAUUUGAAGAAGCAGAAACUGAUUUUCGCAUGCUGAGCGAUAUAGAUUGUGAUAAAGAUUAA